CACACACACACUUUGCCUACUACACUGUAAUCACAGGCCAAAGAACCUGUGAAGAUUUUGAGUUUUGAGCACAAUGGCCUCCACCCAAUGUUUCCUGCACCACCAUGCCCUCACCAACCCUGCUAGAGCUUCACCACAGCGCCAGGUGCUGACCACCAAACCUAACCACAUUGUCUGCAAGUCACAGAAGCAGGUUGUCCAAGAGGGUGAUGCCAACACCACCCUUGUCUCUCGCAGGUUGGCCCUCACUGUGCUCAUUGGUGCUGCUGCUGUCGGCUCCAAGGUCUCUCCUGCUGAUGCAGCCUAUGGGGAAGCUGCCAAUGUGUUUGGAAAGCCAAAGACAAACACAGACUUCCUUCCAUACAGUGGAAAUGGAUUCAAACUCUCAAUUCCCUCAAAGUGGAACCCAAGCAAAGAGGUUGAGUACCCAGGUCAGGUUCUGAGAUAUGAGGACAAUUUUGACACAACAAGCAAUGUUGCUGUCAUGGUCACUGCAACUGAUAAGACGUCUAUCACUGACUAUGGUUCACCUGAGGAGUUUCUAUCUAAGGUGGAUUAUUUGCUAGGGAAACAAGCCUUCUUUGGCCAAACUGACUCUGAGGGUGGUUUUGAUUCCAAUGCUGUAGCAACUGCAAACAUCUUGGAGAGUGCAACACCUGUCAUUGAUGGGAAAAAGUACUACAGUUUGACUGUGUUAACAAGAACAGCUGAUGGAGAUGAAGGUGGGAAGCACCAGCUGAUUACAGCAACUGUGAAAGAUGGCAAACUAUACAUCUGCAAGGCUCAAGCUGGAGACAAGAGGUGGUUUAAGGGAGCAAGAAAAUUUGUGGAGAGUACAGCAAGUUCCUUCAGUGUUGCCUAAGAACAUGGUGAAUGUUCACUCUGCAUGUAAAUCAUCUUGAAGGGUGUGUAUGUCUUGAAUUAUGUGCUUUUUGUCCACAAGUUCCAUUAUUUGAGGCAGUUGGUUGGAGUAAGAACUUUGAUUCUUAAUUUUUCAUGUCUUCUAAGGACUUGCCCUCAUCUCUUGUACCCUUUUGGAUUAAGCAUUUUAAGUUGCUAUAAGCCAUAUUAAGAACCAUUAUGUUUAUAAAAGGCUCAAGGGCCCUUUUAAAAGGAAGGUGCUUGAAAUAUUUUGUAA